AUGGCACCACAGUAUGCACAAAAGUUCCGUGACGAAUGGCUGAAAGAUAAAAAUUUUAAAGAAUGGAUUGUUGAACUGGAGAAUGACAAUACUAAAGUACGGUGCAGAUUUUGUAAGUGUGAUAUUAGAACUAAAAAAUAUGAUUUAAAUCAACAUUUAAAAACUAAAAAGCAUUUAGAAACUUCAAAAAACUUUUCUGUAUCGAGGGCUUUAACAAAAUUCAUUAAACCUAUUACCACCAAGACUGCUCAAGUAGAAGGUGCAAUGUGCUUAUUCAUAGCAGCACAUAGCUCAAUAUUAUCAUGUGAUAAUUUAGGAGAAUUAUGUAAAAAUUGUUUUAAAUCAUCUGAGGCAGCUAAUUCGUUGAAACUUCAUAGAACUAAAUGCACUGGUAUAAUUUGCAAUGCAUUAUCUCCCCAUUUUCAAAAUGAAUUAAAAAAUAAAAUUAACAAUGGACCAUUUAGCAUUUUAAUUGAUGAGUCAACCGAUAUAAGCGUGCUUAAGUUCUUAGGAAUUACAAUUAUGUAUUAUGAUACAGAUAUGAGACAGGUGAAUUAA